CGUUGACAGAAGAAACGUCCAACGACGAGUAAAAACAGGAUAGAACAGCACAUUAAUCCGCUUGGAAAAAAGCCGCGUCGCAAGUCAUCGAUAUCUUCAUAAUGUCUAUCGGAGUUCCUAUUAAAGUUCUUCAUGAAGCGGAAGGUCACAUUGUUACAUGUGAAACAAUUACCGGUGAAGUGUACCGCGGCAAGCUCAUCGAGGCGGAAGACAACAUGAACUGCCAAAUUACGCAGCUAACCGUAACCUAUCGCGAUGGACGAACGGCGAAUCUGGAAAACGUAUACAUUCGUGGAUCAAAAAUUCGAUUUCUGAUUCUGCCUGAUAUGCUUAAAAAUGCUCCAAUGUUUAAAAAGCAAGGUACAAAAUCAGGUACGGCGGGACGAGGAAAAUCGGGAAUUUUGCGAGCUCAAGCAGCGAGAGGUCGUGGUCGUGGUGGUGGCGGCGGCGGUGGAGGAGGAGGACCUGGUGGUAAUGUAGGAAAUCGUCCACCAGGAAAGGGGAAUUGGCAAGGUCAGGGUCCUUCUGGCGGCAGAGGUAGAGGCGGAUUAUAGAUACUAAGUAUUCAUUAAAAUACAUAUGUAUAAUUCCUCCAGUUCACUCAUUUUAAAAGAAAUAUAAGAAUAAAUCAUUUGAA